GUUGUGGGGGGAGGAGGGAAGCACAAAUCUUGCAGCACACCUGCACCCUCAGACUCUGUUACUCCCAGAACUUACGGAGGCGUUAAAGCUGUACAGUCGCUGGAGUUUCCGUAAGUUUUGAAUCAUGUUAGGCAGCGGUAAGUCAGCGGCCAGCAGCCCCAGAGGAGGGCGGAGGAAGGCGGCAGAGAAAACGAAGGACCCCGGCAGGAGGCUCGGGUUGGACAAUGACGACAUACGCCUGAUGAUGCAAGGCUCCAACAUGGUGAAAGUUCGCUCUUCGAGGUGGCAGAAGAGCCGAAACCUGCGGCUGCUGGAGGACGGACUCACCGUGUGGUGUGAGUCCACCAAGAGCUCCCGCAAAGCCAAAGCCCAGCAGACAUUCGCAGUGACAGAAGUGGAGUGUGUGCGUGAGGGCUGCCAGUCCGAGGCGCUGAGGCGUCUGUCUGGGUCGGUGCAGGAGAACCAGUGCUUCACAGUGAUCUUCAGAGGAGCCAGGAAGAGCCUGGACCUGCUGUGUCCCUGUGAGGACGAAGCUAAGCGCUGGGUGCGAGGGCUCCGCACUUUAAAGGAUCACGUGGCCAACAUGACUCAGAACGAAAAACUGGACCAUUGGAUCCGAGGAUACCUGAGGCGAGCGGAUCAGAACCAGGACGGCAAGAUGAGCUACGAUGAGGUCAAGCGGCUGCUUCAGAUGAUCAACAUUGACCUGAGUGAGCAGUACGCCCGCUCUUUAUUCAAGAGGUGUGACCGAUCCGGUGAUAAUCGCCUGGAUCACAUAGAGAUCGAGGAGUUCUGCAGGGAGCUGCUGCGACGGCCUGAGCUGGACGCGGUGUUCAGACACUAUUCAAGCAAUGGUUGUGUGCUCGCUACCGCUGAGCUGCGAGACUUCCUGGGAGACCAAGGAGAAGACGCCUCAUUGAAUCACGCCCAGACUCUCAUACUCACCUAUGAGCUCAAUGACUGGGCUCAGAAGAACCAGUUCAUGACCCAGAAUGGUUUCACCAUGUACAUGCUGUCGCAGGAGAACGAUGUGGUUAAUCCCGACCAUACCAGAGUCUACCAGGACAUGAGCCGCCCUUUGGCCCACUACUUCAUCUCCUCGUCGCACAACACUUACCUUACCAAGGAUCAAGUUACCAGUGCCAGCAGCACUGAGCCAUACAUCAGGGCUCUGAAUCAGGGCUGUCGCUGUGUGGAGCUGGACUGCUGGGAUGGAGAUAAAGGGGAACCUGUCAUCUACCACGGCCACACGCUCACCUCCAAAGUGCCUUUCAAGGAGGUCAUUGAAACCAUCGCCCAGUACGCCUUCAAGGCGUCCCCAUACCCUCUAAUCCUGUCCUUGGAGAACCACUGUUCUGUGGAGCAGCAGGCUGUCAUGGCCAAACACCUCCGCGCCAUCCUGGGCAACAAACUGCUCACCAAGCCCCUCAGUGGCCAGCCGCUAAAAGACCUGCCUUCUCCUGAGGAGCUGAAGGGCCGUAUUCUGGUAAAAGGGAAGAAGCAGAUUUCUCACCUGAGCCAGUUGGGCAAGAAUGACAGCUGUGCGAGUUUCUCCUCAAGCUCUGAAGAUGAAAUAGCAGGCAGCACCAAGAACACACCCAAGAAAGAUCCUGCAAUGGUCUGUUCUAAACUGAGCCCAGCGCUCUCAGAUCUGGUGGUGUACUGCAGAAGUGUUCCCUUCCGUGGGUUUGAAAAUGCAUCUGGAAAACUCCCAAAUGAACUAUCCUCCUUCUCUGAGAAUGAGGCCCUCAAGCUCAUCAAAGACUCAGGAAAGCUUUUUGUGAGACACAACAGCAAGCAGCUGAGCCGGAUCUACCCCUCUGGCCAGCGCCUCCAAUCAUCCAACUAUGAUCCUCAGGAAAUGUGGAACGGUGGCUGCCAGAUGGUGGCUCUGAACUUCCAGACACCCGGGGAGCAGAUGGACCUGAACCAGGGUCGCUUCCUCCCCAACGGUCGCUGUGGAUACGUCCUCAAACCGAGCUUCCUGUGCAGUCCCACGUCCAACUUUAACCCAGAGAACACGGGAGGAGGCCCCGGUCACGUCCCCACCCAGCUGACUAUACGAAUAAUAUCUGCGCAGCAGCUGCCAAAAAUCAAUACAGAGAAGGCCAGCUCCAUUGUGGACCCACAAGUGUGGGUGGAAAUUCAUGGGGUGGCUAUUGAUAAUAGAAGAGACAAAACCCACCGCAUCGACAAUAAUGGCUUUAACCCACGAUGGGACUGCACUCUGAGCUUCCAGCUGCAGGUCCCCGAUCUGGCCCUGGUGCGGUUUGUAGUGGAGGACCACGAUCACACUGCCAAAAAUGACUUUGUGGGGCAGUUCACUAUACCUUUCACAAGCUUACGAACAGGUUAUCGACAUGUUCAUUUACUGAAGGCAGAUGGUUCCAGUCUGUCCCCCGCCACACUCUUCAUCCACGUCAAAGUCCGCAAAGGAGUUCCCAUCAAAACUGUGUCCGAGCGUAUAGCCAUGGCCAAAAGCAAGGCAUGACGUGCAUCUGAACUAGACGGAAAGCUGCAUUUUCUGAUAACAAAGGGCUUUGGAAAGGGAGCUCUAAAUGUGAGGAGAAAGAGAGAGUGAGAGAGAGAGAGAGAGAGAGAGAGGGAGAGACUGCUGCUUCUGCUGCUGGCAGACGGUCCCAGUUCAGACCUCAAGUGGUCCAAUUUACACUGAGCCACUUCCCAAUGCAGGAAGAAAGAUGUCGUUUAUCAGAGAUGAAGAAGCGCGCUGCCUCUUAGCAAAUGAAUUGCCUCGGGCUGGAUAAUGAAUCCGUGUUACUGUGGGAGUAUUUGGUCUUGUCAGUGCUGAGUGCUCUGGAAACGAAGGAUUGUGGUUCGUGAUCCACACUGAUAUGGGAUUUGUUACAAAAUUCAAUUUAUUGUUAUUAACUCUCAUGUGUAGGUUAUCCUUUAAUCUGUCACAGUGUUAAGAUGUGUUAUUUCAGUGGUUCCCAACCUUUUUCCUUAAGGGACCCCCUUUUUCUAUCACUGAGUAAAGCCCUGACACAUUUUAUGGAUAAUUAGUAUAAUAUUCAAUGCAUAACAAUAACAGAACAGAACAACAGUGCAAGUAACACAAAUAGUGAACACAAUAACUGCAGGAUGUUAAUGUAAAAUGAGCGAUUUGGAUGAAUUUUGAGCAGAUUAUUUCCGGUUUUCUUGAUAUUUUUAGUCUGUUUUAUAUAUAUGUGUGUAUAUAUAGCAGGAUUACUCUUUUAAGAUACAUCACAUUACAGUGCAAGUUGUGCUUUUCAGAUGUGAAAAUGAUCUAUAGGCUGCUGCCUGGAUUUGCUUAAUGAAAAGUUUUUACACUUAGCAAAGGACAUUUGUGGCUUCCCCAUUUUCUUUUCUGAGGUCACAUUGUUCUGUUGUCUCAUAAAAUUAAUGAAUAUCAUCUUACUGACAUUUCUUUUCUCUUGUCUUUUUAGUUUUCUUUAGUGUUGAGGUAAUCCAAAAGUACUUAACUGACAUUUUAAAUUUAAAGCAUAUAUUUUUAAAGUUGUUUUUUUACACCUCUUAAAAUCAAGAAGGCCUCGCGACCCCCCAGCGAAGCUUUGACGACGCUUCGGGUCCCGAUCCCCAGGUUGGGAACCGUUGUGUUUAUUUAAUCCAUUUACAUUUUUCAUCUAGAAAAUAAAGUAUGAUGAUAAAUACUUAAAAAUGCUUAAUAAUAAAAAAAACACACUUACUUAACUGAGGCUGACUCAUAGGUGCUGUAAGUAGGAAUUUAAACAUGACUGUCUGUGAUUACAAAAUGAUGAAAUAUGUUUUAGAAAUGAUUGUUUUCAGCACUAAAUGUGAUGCAAUACAGAUGAAAUAAUGUGUAAAUGAUUGUCAUAGGUUGUCUUGUCCAUGCAGACUGAACAAAAUGAGAAGUUAGUCUUACCUGAUACUCCAGAUACUUGGCACUUUUAAUUUCUCUCCAGAAAAAGAUUUUAUUUUCUGAGACAAAUAACAGUAUAUUUCCACAACAUACGAAUUAACUUGAAAUAUUAACAGUAUUAACUUACCUACUGAUGUUUACUUGUGCUUGUCAGUCAAAUAGUGUUUUUUUUUUUAAGAUAUUAGCUUGUAGGCUCCUUGACAACUCUGCAUAAAUCAUGUGUGUUGCCAGUUCUUGUCCUUAACAUUUGGAUGUAGAAAAUUGUAUUUGCAACAAUCUAAUACAACCAGUAAUUACUGAAAGCUCGAGUGAAUCAUUUAAUAGUCUUACAAGGAGGUUCCCUGAUAAUAAAACCGUGCCGUAAUGAAAGGUGCUGCACGUGGAUUACUGUAAUUACAGCAUAUAUGAUCAGGAUGGAUUUCAAUGGCAUGUGACAAAUGGUGAGUGAAGAAUGACUUUGCAGUUUGAAAAUCUUAUAGCCUAUGUUGUGUGAAUGGCAGUCGGUGGUUUAUGUGUGCAGGAGAAAAUACUGUUUUCAUAAAAGAACUAAUAACA